AUGAAGGUCAUUCCGGCUGCGCUGCUUGCUGCUGCUGCUGCUGCGCAGUGCGCUCUCGCUCUUCCCCACGUACAGACCAUUUCUGGCAAGAGCGUUCGCGAUGCCGUGAGAGCGCAGUCCAACGAGGAAGGUCACUUGCAGCUUCCUAACCCUAGGACCAACCCCGAGUACUAUGCGCGACACCACGAGAUGCUCGCGGCACGCUACAACAGCGGUCCCAGAUUCGAGCGUCCUGCAUGGGCGGACCGCUUGGUUCAAGGUCUGCACAAUGCUGUCAGCAGUCUUGAUACCAUGGCCAGCGGCCUAGGACUGGAGUUGCUCACCGUCAGCAAGCUCUUUGCCCCUCUCCUUCCAGCUCCUCAGGGUCUCACAUUCCAGUCUGAUCGCUUCAGAUUCGAUGCAGAAGGCGAGGAGAUGACUCUGAGCAACAAUGCGUCUGCGCUCUUUGACCCUGCGGACUCUGGCUUCGACUAUCGCAACGACAAGGUGCGAGGUGUCAACAUCGGCAAUUGGCUUCUCUUCGAAUUGUGGAUGAGUCCUUCUCUCGCCAACACUCUCAAUAGCCGAGUAGAGAAUGGGAAUUACGGAGACAUUGUUGACGAAUGGACAGCAGCACAGCACAUGUCUUUCAGCUCGCUUCAAUCUGUUCUGACAAAGCACUACGACACCUGGUUCACGGAACAGGACAUGGCUGACAUUGCUGCUGCCGGCUUGAACCACGUUAGGUGAGUCUUGGAAUCUUCUUGACCGUGAUGUCGAAGCAAGUCUUUCGAGGUGUAUCGUGAGGGGCACACCUUUCGCGAUGCUCGCCUUGCACUAAUCGUUGUGUAUAUCGCGCCUCGCAGACUCGUCAUUCCAUACUGGUCGUUCAAGGAAGCCGUGGGACCAAAGGCCCCUUACUACACUUUCAAUCAAUUCGCCAAGGCAAAGCAAGCAGUACAGUGGGCCAAGAAGUACAACCUCAAGGUGUGGAUCGACUUGCACGGUGUGCCUGGAUCUCAAAAUGGCUACGACAAUUCUGGCAGAUCGGGUCCCAUUCACUGGGCCAACGACCCAGACUAUUAUCGAAGGACCAAAGUGGCGCUGCAGAAGCUCAUCGAUGAAUUCACUCAACCAGCUUACCGCGGCACCGUCACUGCAAUUGAGCCGGUCAAUGAGCCUGCAGCGAACCGUAAUGGCGCCGUCAAGAAUCUGAUCCGGCAAUACUACCCCGAAGCUAGAAACUCGAUUCGCGCCGUUGGGGGUGCGAACACUCUCAUGGCAUUCCACGACGGCUUCCUUGGACCCAAGUAUUGGGAGGGCUUCUUUACUCCGAACCAGGCCAAGCGUACCAUUCUAGACGUGCAUGACUACUUUGUGUACGGAGAUGCUCAGAAGAACAAGAAGGAUAUCGCUAGGAUCCGCGAUGUUUGCGCGCUCGAGGGUCAGAUCACCAGGUCUCAACGCUUCUACCCCACCGUGGUCGGAGAGAUGGCAUUCAAUGGUCCUAGUGGAGACCGUGCAAGCGACCGCAACCUUCCAGUGGGACCCGUCAAGUUCCCAUCCGGUCCCAACUAUCCAUACAGCGUGAGGUACAUGGCAUUCAUGGCUCGCAACUCUGCCACGCAACGCUACGUGUUCGAGAAGGGAUCCGGCUGGAUCGCAUGGUCUUGGAGAAACGAUGGAUCGCUCGAUUGGUCGUACAAGACCGGUCUGCAGUACGGCUGGAACCCGAGGGAUCUGAAUGCCAAGCCAUACGGCAAUGACCUUUGCAACGGCUACCGUUGA